AUGAGGCUGAGGGGCAACACGGUCGUCAUCGAUGCCAGCGAUGCCAGCAAUGCCAGCGAUGCCAGCGAUGCCAGUGGUGGUAGCGGCGCCAGCGAUGCCAGCGGUGGCAGAGGUGCCAGCGAUGGCAGCGACGAAGGUAUCGACGCCGUCAACGCUUCCGAAGUAGACUUGAAUGAAGAAGUAAUUCAACAGCAACAACAGCAACAGCAACGACAGCAACAGCAACGACAGCAACAACAGACAUCCGGAGAUGUUUCCGCAGAAGUCGUGCCAGUGCGUCGUCUAUGCGCGGCGUCAUCCCCGGCACCGAUUCCUUUGGGCGUUCGAACUCUGAAGACGGACAACAUAGCCGAUAUCGGGUACGAUGAAGCCCGAUACAGAGAGCAGUACAGCCAUCCACAGGACCCCAACCCGACCGUCAGCGAGAAACCUUGGAUGCGAAUGGCAAACGCUCCUUACAAGCCAAAGGAAGAGAUUGUGUCUGAGAUACCAGGUCCUCAAGACUUGUUCGGACGCACCAUGAUCUCGCGCGUGAAGCAAAUGGAAUCCGACUUCGCGGCGAGCACUGUUCCCAUCACAAGCGAGAAACAAUUCGAUCGUCCUGUCGAGCAGAUAUCUACUGGCAACGGAUCCGCUAUCGGAUUCCACAUCGGCUCCGGCAGAAGAUUCCACAAGUUCCUCUUGAACGAUCAGCCAACGAUCGAGUCGGACGGGGGUCCACGGGGAGCGUUUUCCGGGGCGUCCGGUUCUCACGUGAAGGGUGACUACAGAACCGUGACGCAGCGGUCUUCUCUGAACCACAAAUCGGUGGGUCCACCGGUGGCGGUAGGUGUUCCGCAGUCCUCGGCUCCUGUUCCUUCCUUCAAGAUCACCGGGUCUCACCUCGAAAGCUACCGGAUGGACGACCACCUGGCGAAGAGCAGCAAGGCUCCGGUGCAGGCCUCGGCAUCGACCGACGCCGUUUUGUUCAGAGGCGCGCACGACGAAAAGUUGGAAGUGCUACACACAUCUCUUGUCACCGGAGGAGAGAGAUUCGCGACCGGGGCGUCCGGAACACGGGACACGAAGGUUCAUGUGCCUCUCAACAACGAUCCUGUCGCGACGUACGAGCAGCGCGUCGUUCCAAACUUCAAGAUUGCUAAAGCCUCCGACUACCACGACCAGCAGGUUACGGCGAGGCAGAUGAUGAUCCCAGAGAUGUCGCAGAACGUGUCGGCGCUACGCAAGGACCGGAAACCUCCCGUCUCCGGAUGGACGACGAACAAGAGCACAAGCCUUGCACUCGAGACAGGCGGAAUAAAAUCCGGCGCAGCGGUGCGUGGACCGAGCCUUCUGCCGGUCAAGAACGAGGCCGGUGCCUUCCGUGUUCCCGCGGACAGAAAAGAGGUUGUCGCGGAGAACGCGGCCCGCGUCGCCCGCGGGGCUGCCACUUCGCACGCCGUCGGAAAUUCGACCGCUUCGCCUUCUAUCUUCCGCACGACACAAAGUGUGUCCGAAUUGGUCGGCACACCUUUCAUCCGCGGCGCCGGCACCAAGCACGCUAGCAACCUUGAGCCGCUCCACGAGGACACCGACACACACUUGUCCGAGAUGGAGCGGUCCGGUAUCCUCCGGGGUUCCAACAAGGUUUCAACAUCGACUGUUCACUCUUCCGUUUCUCUUCCGCAAGAAAGAUUGGGCAGUAAGCAGCAAAGAGGGGACAUCUUCAAGAAGACAGAGCGCGACGCUGUGUUGGUCGCUCCAGGACUUCUCGGCACAAAUCGCACGGGAGCCGCGAAUCUUCAUGUCGAUGGCAUGAUAUCUCGCAAGGGUUUGGAGGGAGACGAAAAAGGACCAGUCAACGUCAUGCGAUCCGGUAAGAUCAACCACGUGAGGUUCUCCAGCGACAACAAACAAGCCGCUGGAGUGAGCAAGGACAGCACGAAAACCCGCAAGCUCGGGGAGGUCUUGAACGACAGAAUGGGGGCUUCCUCGGCUCUGAAAAAACUCUUGAAAAAUCCUUACUCGUUGCCCGCGGCGUCAAGGCUUCGCGCGCUGUGA